GUGGCCUUUGUACUUACGUGCAUGUUAGCAGGUGCUGCUGUGGGAUUUCGUCUCUUCAUCCGACAGCAACGAAUUCAUGAAGCUCAAGUAGAAGACGUUUACAGAUCUCCUUCUAGAGAACUUUUUAUUAAGAUUUUGAAGGAGGAGGAGGAAAGAAAGCAACAGGAAGAAAAUCGAGAUGCCCAUGCCCAUCCUGUCAUCAUAUCUCUUGCAGUGGAUCAGGCACUGGGAGAAGCUAUACAGUUAACUAUGCGAGACUAUGUCAUUAGUUGGUACCAAGAAAUCAGUAAUGAUACUAAUGAAUUUUCAAAAGUUCUUGAGGCUGAUGUCUGGGAAAUGCUCCAGCAACUGACGAAAAAGAGUAGGGACAUUGAUAAAGUGCAAGUGAUUUCGCAGGAUGUCGUUCAGAAGCUCUGUGACCACUUCCGUAGCAUCCGUCACUGCAGCUCUCGGAAUGAAAUGUUUUCGCUGCACCCCUGCUUGAUGAGUGAAGAGACAGAGACAGAAUAUCUGCGCCAAGCAUGCGAUGUGAUCUUAGUUCUCGCACUACCCGCAAAACAUCAGCAGGCUUCUGUGAUCAGAUAUCUCCUACGUGAAGUCAUGUUAUCCGUGCUAAAGCCCUGCAUCGAUAUGGUGUGUGAUCCAGACUACAUAAACCAGAAGCUGGUCAUCUGGUUAGAGAGCAGGGAGACUGAGUAUGAAACACACAGACGCACGUAUGCCUAUGCUGCUACGUAUGAGACGUUCAUCAAAAUGAUCAAUGCCUGCACAGACAUUGAGCAGUUGAAACAAAUCAGGUAUCAUAUUAUCACUGAGAUUAUGCAGGCAACCGUGAUCAACAACUGGAAAAAAGCACAGGGAAUAGAAACAGACAGAGAUGCACAGCCUACGAGCAGUGCCAAGGGGGCGUUACUAAAGGCACGUAAUCUGCAUCGCUACAUCAAGCAGUGUCGCUACGCAAAGGCGCAAUGCGAGUACCGAAUUCGCAUGCUAGGUGGCGCUGAGUAUCUGUCGUACAGAAGCCGAGAGAGGCAGGCUGGGGUGCACGUGCCUGGAAAAAAGGCACUAUCCUUCACUGCCAUCAUGGAGACAGUAGAGGGGAGAAAGGCAUUCCUCGAGUAUUUACAGAGAACGGGCCUCGAGUCAUUGCUAGAAUUCUGGGAAGGUGUCGAGAAACUGAGAUCCUCGCCAAAAGUCAAACAGCAUGGAGUGGCCACAGAGCUCUACCAACGCCAUCUGUUGAGCAGCAGCAGCAGUGCAGUGAAGUUAGAUCGUGCUAUUGUUAAGCACAUGGAAGCAUUUCUUGUUGCUGACAAGGGACCGGAGGGAUUCUACGAGGCUCAGCAGGAGCUGUUCGACACGCUCGAGGAUCGCUUCUACCCGUCUUUCCUAGUCAGCGACGUCUACAACAGCUACGUCGGCAACAUGUACGAUCCGGCCGGAGCCUCGCGUGCGACGCCCGACGCCGCCGCUGACGAGAGCAAUGCGAGAAGUACACUGGAGCGGCAGGCGAGCGAGGGGCCUAGCCUCGGGCAGCAGUGCGUCUACGCCCAGCGCAAGCUGACAGCCCUGGAGGAGAGAUUUCGCAACAAGUCUCGGGCGCUACAGGCGCUGCGCAACUCACACCGACCUGACCCAAAGACGAUUGGCAAGCUAGAACAGGCAGUUCAGGAAAUGACACAAGAGCAGCUACAGUUGCAGUCUCACAUCGACAGAACGGAAACGUGGAGCGAGAAUUGCAGCUGCUGGCGCGUGGAGAUCGAUGGCUACCAGGUUGGGGCACUGUCACAAAUUUAAAGCUCUUUUUCCUAUUAUAUAUUUUUAUUAUUAUUAUAUUAUAUCA